AUGACGUCAUCAGCGAUCGGCAAGUGCGCCAGUGACGUCAGCGGCCCUCUGCUGCGCGCGAAGCUGCUCCCCUGGGCUGCCGCCGCCUUGUUUUCCGCCACCUCCCGCGCGUUCUCCGCCGCCAGCAGCAGCGCCGGGCGUUGCGCGCAAGCUGGGGGCGGCGCGGGCGAGGGAGCAGGCGCGAGGGAGGGAUCCGGCGGAGGGGGGAACCUCGCGGCGAUCAAGGAGCUGCGCGCGCGCACGGGCGCGCCUGUGAAGGACGUGAAGGCGGCGCUGGUGGCGGCCGGGUGGGAUCUGGACGCGGCAUUCACAGAGUUGAGGAGGAGGGGCCUGGCAGCGGCGCAGAAGAAGAGGGCGCGGGUGGCAGCGGAGGGGCUGGUGGGCGUGGCGGUGCGGCGGGGCGUGGGAGCGGUGGCGGUGGAGGUGAACAGCGAGACGGACUUCGUUGCACGCAACGACCUUUUCCAGCUUCUGGUUUCCAAGGCAGCAGCCGCAGCAUUGAGCCUUCCCCCCCCCUCCUCCUCUUCCUCCGACCACUCCUCUCUCCCCCUCCCUCUUCCUCUGGCGAACCUCGAGCAAGCCAUGGUGUCAUUCGAUCAUCCGAAGCUGUCGGGAAGCCGCCAGCUGGCAGAGGCGGUGGCUGAGGUGGCAGCGCUCACGGGGGAGAACGUGCGCCUGCGCCGAGCCUUCCUGCUUCCCGAGCCUCGGCGGUCUGGCUCGGUGGCCACGUACCUGCACAGCAGCCCCGGGGCUGGCUUGGGGCGGAUAGCUAGUCUUGUGUCCCUCUCUCUUUCUCAGCCUUCUGGUAGCAGCUGCAGCAGCAGCAGCAGCAGCAGCAGCAGCAGCAGUAGCAGCGGGGGAGGGAGCAGAGAAGACACAGGAUCAGAGGCAGCAGCAGCGGAGGCGGCAGGAGGAGGGGGGGAAGGAGCGGCAGAGGCAGCAGCGGCGGUGGGGGAAGGAGUGGCGAUGCAUGUGGUGGCGAUGAGGCCGCUGUACUUGAGGCGAGAGGACGUGCCAGGGGAGGUGGUGGAGAAGGAGAGUGAUGUGCUACGAGCCCAGGCGGCGGCAGCGGGCAAGCCAGCACGCGUGGUGGAGAAGAUGGUGGCGGGGCGGCUGGGGAAGUUCUACGGCGAGGUGUUGCUCAUGGAGCAGGCGUAUGCCAUGGAUGACAAGACAACGGUGCAGGUGGGUGCCGAGUGGUUGGUGUGUGGUAUGAGCAGGUUGUACAUAUGGAGAGGUGCUGCUGCUGGAACAGGCUUAUGCGCUACGCUGGAUGACAAGAGAACGGUGCAGGUGGGGACAUGCAUGCAGCCCAUGGGGACGUGCAUGCAGCCCAUGGGGACGUGCAUGCAGCCCAUGGGGUCAUGCAUGCAGCCCAUGGGGUCAUGCAUGCAGCCCAUGGGAACAUGCAUGCAGCCCAUGGGAACAUGCAUGCAGCCCAUAAUUGUUGUUGCUACACCGCCUCCCCACGCCCUUCUCCCCACGCCCUUCUCCCCACGCCCUUCUCCCCACGCCCUUCUCCCCACGCCCUUCUCCCCACGCCCUUCUCCCCACGCCCUUCUCCGCGAAAUUCUUCUGUGA